GUGAAGUCAUGAAAUCAGCCGAAGCUGCAUCUGGACUCGGCUGUUGAACUGUGAUCCUCCAACGUGUCUUUCUUCAGAUGCAUCCUGGGAGAUGUAGUGUUAUCAGUCAUUAAUCUCCGUAUUUCUGCACGUCUACCCGGAAGUAGAAAAACUACAACUUUCCAAUCUUUUGAUGGACGGAAAGCAGCUGUAGAAGGCGAAUGCGCGGUCUCCUUUUCUGUCAGCAAGCAGGCAGGCAAAAUGUUGAUUAUUCUGUUUGGUCUGUUUUUAUUCCUUUACAGACCGGUCUGCUGCGUUUUUCAGAAACUUUACUGCACCAUAUCAGAGAGUUGUGACUGUGACUUUAAGCCAAAUAUUAGAGGUUUGGAGUGGGACCUCUAUAAGAAUGUCUACGGACAACAUCUGGCUCAGGACAUCUUGUCGGAGGAGGUGGCAAAGUUCCUUAAUAAUAAAAAUCCUGAUCGGCCCCUGGUACUGUCAUUCCAUGGCUCUUCGGGGACGGGAAAGACACUGGUCAGCUCCAUGCUGGGGAAUCAUCUGUAUGGCUCAGCGAUGAGCAGCCCAUACAUCCACCAGUUUGUCCCCACGCUUCACUUUCCUUCACCCCAGCGGGUCAAACACUACAGGAAGGAGCUGAAGAGCUGGGUGGAGGGAAACCUGACAGAGUGCGCUCGCUCCGUCUUCAUUUUUGAUGAGAUGGAGAAGAUGCCUCCGGGCUUUAUCAAUGUUCUGGAGCCCUUCUUGGGGCCCUCCCAUGUUGUGUUUCGCACCAACUACCGCAAGGCCAUCUACAUCUUCAUCAGCAUCUCUGGAGAGGACGUGAUUAACAAGGUGGCUCUGGAGAACCGGCAGGCUGGGCAGGAAAGAGAGGAUAUUAAGUUGGCCGACCUAGAAGAAGCCAUCGCACAUGCAGUUUAUAACAACAACACAAGUGGUUUCUUCAAGUCCAGCAUCAUAAAGCAGAGCCUCGUCACCCGCUUCGUCCCCUUCCUGCCGCUGAGCCGGUGCCAUGUUGAGCGCUGCAUUCGCUCCCAGCUCUGCCAGCAGGGCAGCUGCAGCCGGCAGGAUGUGGUGGAGGCGGUCGGGAGAGUCAUGAUCUACGCUCCUGUCCCGGGAAAGUACUUCUCCACCACAGGCUGCAAAGCCGUCUCUGCCAAAAUCAGCUUCUUCCUCUAAGAGAAGGACAUACGUGUUUUCCUCUCAGGAUGGAAAAGGAAUAACUUCUUUAUUUUUUGAGAGAGUUGUCAGCAUUUUAUGCCUUAUCAAAGGCAGCUGGAGGGAAACAAUGUGGAUGACGUGUAGCCAGAAACCAGCUGGGUGACUCUUUGCUCAUGAGCCGAGCAUCAGGCUACAUUUGGAACCAAAGGGAUCUGAACUUAUAACCGUCAGGAAUCAAGUCCGCGUUGUGCCAUCUGUGUUUCCCAGAAGGCAUUGCUGCUGCUCCCAGGGCAUUAUUCAGUGUCUGAACGCUACCUCUAACUCAGUUUUAGUUUUAAUUCCAGACCUUCAGGUUGGUAAGGCAGCGUUUCAGCUUUCACAGCUGCGCUUCACCAGAUGUUUCAAGGGUCCUCGAGGGCCGCUGUCCUGCAGGUUUUCAAUGUUUCCUGCUUCAGCACACCUGACUCAAAUGAAAUGGAUCCAACAGCCUAUUAAGUUUUGCACAAUUACUCGUUAAUUUGGGUCAGGUGGUUUUGGAGCAGGGACACAUGGAAAACCUGCAGGAUUGUGUCCCUCGAGGACCGGAGCUGGACACCCCUGCAGUACACCAUCCUUUCACCUUCAUGCUGCUGAAGCGUCUCACAGUUUUACCUGGAGCAGAUGGAGGUUUGAUCCCUCGUUCAGCAGUAAACCAGAUGGCAGCAGAUGGAGCUUAUACUUGAUUUAUUUUCACUUCGUUGUUCCAGGUUUUUAGUUAAAGGGAUCAGAGAUUCAGAAUGUCUCAGAAAUUAUUUUUUAAUGUUUCUUUUUUUUAACUGAGGGAAGCAAAAUAUUAAAAUAUCUUGUCUCCUGAAUAUUAUCUCUUUGGAAAACGGAGUGUGAUGCACGAUGAGGCAUAAUUUGGCAAAUAAUGAAAUCAUGAAGCUAAUUAAGAUGCUCAUUAACUGAUAUUAAUAAAAUAUAAACUUAACUAUUUAUUUGGACUGAAAUUAGUGUGCCAAAUGAUUUUUUUUUUUUAAAGAUUUAUAAUUUGUAGCUGUCCACUAUCAUAAUGGCCACGUUUGCAUGCGUUUUAAUACAUUUUACAUACAUUUAAAUCCUCCUUAAAAAUUACCUUGUAAGCACGUAAUUCCGAAUAAAAAUGGCCAUUCUUAAUUAAACUUAAAUCCCAAGUAAGUGGAUGGUUUAUUCUGAUUUUAAAUAAAAACUGAUUAUGUUUACAUUUAUUCCGCUUUUAAUUAAUUCCGGUUCUGCUCGUUCUCUUGUCCAGUCACGAUGACGGUACCGUACUCUUUCCCUUCUUCUCUGACUAAAGUGCUUCAAAACUAGAAUCAAAAAUCAGAGCGGAAAUGGUUCUUAUUAUGUGGUAUUCCUAGCUUUUCCAUGUUGUAGACAAAAAGAAGCAGGAUGAGAGAGCACCCCCCCCCCCUCCCGUAGAUGUAACUACGUCACGUCUGCCCGGUCCAACCAGAACCCUUCCCAACCCCCAGAUCCAAAGCGGAUUUGAAUAAAGGCGAUUAAACGAGUUUUCCAAAUAAAGCUCAAUUUGGAAUUACUAUUUCCAUGUAAACGUGAAGAAGAAUACUUUAAUUUUGAAUAAUUAAUUCUGAAUUUAAAAACACCAUGUGACCGUGGCCGUCACACUGUGGGAGCACAACACUAACACAGCCACCAGGUGGCAGCAAAGAGUUUAUCCAGGAGUGUUGGUGGUGAAGCUGAGUUCACCUGCAGCUUUGUGCUUUUAUUCACUUAUGUAAGUGUGUUUUAUUUACAUAUUUCGGUUUGUUUACACACAACUGUAUUCAUAUAAAAACAUGCCAAAUGCACUUUAUGGAGAAUAAAAUGGACCGGAUGAUUUUAA